AUGACAGUCGUCGCGUUUCGUCGUUUUCUAUUCUUGAUUAGCUUGCUAUGGGUUCUGCAUGUGACGGCAACAAGACACUUCAAUGGCGACAAUGAGGGUUUUCUCAAUAAGCGAACUGAUCUUCCUGCCGAAUACUCAACACCUGACUAUUAUCCAACCCCUAUAGGAGGAUGGGUCGACGAAUGGACCGAUGCAUACGUAAAAGCUCAGAAGAUUGUCAGCAGCAUGACCUUAGCAGAAAAGGUCAACCUCACUUCCGGAACAGGGUACUUGAUGGGGCCUUGUGUUGGCAACACGGGGAGUGCACUAAGAUUCGGAAUACCGAAUCUCUGUCUCCAAGACGGUCCUCUCGGCAUUAGAAACACGGAAAACAAUACUGCAUUUCCAGCAGGGGUAACUACAGGCGCGACCUGGGACAAGCAGUUGAUGUACGCCCGUGGCGUCGCUAUUGGUGAGGAGGCACGCGGGAAAGGUAUCAAUGUACAGAUGGGCCCUGUUGUUGGCCCUUUGGGACGCAAGCCACGGUCUGGCAGAACCUGGGAAGGGUUUGGGGCAGAUCCAUCGCUGCAGGGUAUCGCAGCAGCAGAGACGAUCAAAGGAAUGCAAAGCACUGGGGUAAUUGCAACCCUGAAGCAUUACAUUCUGAACGAGCAGGAGAUGUAUCGAAUGACGAAUGUUCUCCAGCGGGGCUAUUCAUCAGAUAUAGAUGAUCGCACUCUCCACGAAAUUUACCUGUGGCCAUUUGCAGAAGGUGUGAGGGUUGGAGUUGGGUCUAUUAUGGCUUCCUACAACGAUGUUAAUGGCACGCUGGCUACGCAAAAUAGCAUGCUACUGAAUGGACUCCUCAAAGAUGAACUUGGCUUCCAGGGGUUUGUUGUGUCUGAUUGGUAUGCACAAUUCUCUGGUGUGGGAUCUGCAUUGGCUGGGCUAGAUAUGACCAUGCCAGGAGACGGUGCCGUCCCCUUACUUGGGGAUAGUUUCUGGAACUUUGAGCUUUCAAGAUCUAUUCUCAAUGGAACAAUUCCUAUUGAGAGACUAAACGAUAUGGUGACUCGGAUUGUAGCAACAUGGUACAAGCUGGGGCAAGAUGAGGACUAUCCGCUCCCGAAUUUCUCUACUAAUACUGAGGAUGCAACUGGUCCACUAUAUCCAGGAGCUCUGAUCUCACCUAGUGGUGUCGUAAAUCAAUUCGUUAAUGUACAAGCCAACCAUAAUACCGUGGCAAAGGCCGUUGCACGUGAUGCUAUAACCCUACUGAAGAAUACAAAUAAUACGCUGCCACUUAGCAAGGAUGCGUCACUGAAAGUCUUCGGUACUGAUGCAGGCGCAAACUCCGGCGGCCUAAACUCUUGUAGCGACCAAGGUUGUGACAAUGGUGUUCUGACUAUGGGCUGGGGAAGUGGAACUGCGAGGCUGCCAUAUCUGAUCACUCCACAGGAUGCAAUUGCUAAUGCAACUACAAACACGGAGUUUUACAUCUCAGACACGUUUCCAUCAUCGGUCAACAUAUCUUCGGGAGAUAUUGCUAUUGUUUUUAUUAACGCUGACUCCGGUGAGAACUACAUCACCGUUGAAGAAAAUCCUGGCGACCGCACUUCUGCCAAUCUCUACGCAUGGCACAAUGGUGACCAACUCGUGCAAGAUGCGUCAGCAAAAUUCAAUACUGUGGUGGUUGUGGUCCACUCAGUCGGGCCGAUCAUAAUGGAGAAAUGGAUCGAUCUACCAUCUGUGAAAGCUGUCCUGGCUGCACACCUACCCGGUCAAGAGGCUGGCGAUUCUCUUGUAGAUAUAUUAUUUGGCGACUACAGCCCCAGUGGUCACUUGCCAUACACAGUUCCUCACAAUGAAUCGGAAUACCCUACCAGUGUAGGGCUGAUCAAUCAAGUAAUCGGCCAGAUUCAGGAUACGUAUAGUGAACGAAUCUAUAUCGACUAUCGACACUUUCUUCAAGCAAAUAUAACACCGAGAUACCCAUUUGGCUAUGGGCUCUCGUAUACAAGUUUCAAUUUAUCUGGUGCAGAAGUCACUUCCAGAACGUUACUAACGCAGUAUCCUCCAGCAAGGGCAGCCAAAGGUCCAACGCCAGCAUAUUCCACAAGCAUCCCUCCAGCAUCACAGGUUGCGUGGCCAGAAGACUUUAACCAUAUCUGGAGAUAUCUUUAUCCAUAUUUGGAUGAUCCCAGCGCAGCAACAUCUACAGCACCGUAUCCUUAUCCGACUGGAUAUACAACAACACCACACCCUGUUCCACGCGCAGGGGGUUCUCAAGGUGGAAAUCCAGCAUUAUGGGAUAUUGUAUUUACUAUCAAUGUCACUGUCACAAAUGUUGGUGACCGUAGCGGCCGUGCCGUUGUGCAGCUCUACGUCGAGUUGCCAGCGGACACGUUGGGCGUUGAUUUACCACCAAGACAAUUGCGCCAGUUUGAGAAAACGUCAAUACUAUUACCAGGCGAAUCGGAAUCCCUUGGCUUGACGGUUACGAGGAAAGACCUUAGCGUCUGGGAUGUUGUUGUCCAGGACUGGUUGGCACCUGUUGAUGGACAGGGUAUCAAAUUCUGGCUUGGAGAAAGCGUGGCGAUGGAAGACAUGAGAGUCCUUUGUACCGUUGGACAAGAGUGUGAAAAUAUUUGA